AUGCGCCGAUUUCCUGACCUGUUAGUGCAAAACGUGCAAAAUUUAUUCUGCGAGGCUGGCUGUGAACCGAAACUAGACACCUGGGACAAGUAUGCAAAGACCGCUGUUGUCGAUCCGAUAUUGGAGGAUGCGGCCAGAUACUACGAUGCUCCAGAGAGCAAGCAAGCGCUCAUCGAUUCGUCUGAUCAGCUUUUUCAAGCAGUCAAGACCAAGUGUGGCAACAAACUCAGUGGUGCCCAUUUCUGUGCUCACCUUGAGUGGUUACAGCCUUUCAUGGACUGCGCUAAGUCCACUGCGGUUCCAAACUGGAGCAAAUCUUUGCCCAAGGUGCUGUCAUACAUGUCAGAGCGCAACUGCAAGAAUGCAAAUGAAUACCUCACAAGCACCCGGCUGUGGGAGCACGAUAUCCCGAAGCAUUUCUCCAAAUGA